AUGGAUUUUCAAGCAAAUCACACCUUUAGCAUGGACGACUGCACCCCCAAUAUCUCUAAGCUGGGACAAAACUUUUCCCACAAUGGUAAGUGGAGUCACCCCUUGAGCUAUAGCACCUUUAUCAUGCCCACCCUCUUUGGGAUCAUUUGCCUCUUGGGCAUCGCUGGCAACAGCCUGGUGAUCUGCACCAUCUUCAAGAAACCCAGCCCUGGCAGCAGCGUCCCCGACAUCUUCAUCGUCAACCUCUCCCUGGUGGACUUGCUCUUCCUCCUGGGCAUGCCCUUCCUCAUCCAUCAGCUGCUAGGAAACGGAGCCUGGCAGUUUGGAGAGACCAUGUGCACCAUCAUUACCGCCCUGGAUGCCAACAGCCAAUUCACCAGCACCUACAUCCUCACCGCGAUGUCUAUCGACCGCUACCUGGCCACUGUGUACCCUUUCACCUCCACCCGCUUCAGGAAGCCACCAGUGGCCAUCUCGGCCAUCUGUGCGCUCUGGGCUCUCUCUUUCCUCAGCAUCACCCCGGUGUGGAUGUACGCACAGCUCAUUCCCCUGCCGGGAGGGCUGCUGGGCUGUGGGAUCCGCCUGCCAGAACCCCAGCGAGACAUCUACUGGUACACCCUCUACCAGUUCUUCUUGGCCUUCGCCAUUCCUUUCGCACUCAUCACAGUGGCCUACAGAAGGAUCCUGCUGAGGAUGGCUAGGUCCUCACAAGCGUUGACCGGGCAGCGAUGCACCAGGCUCCGGACCAAAAAGGUGACCCGCGUCGCCAUCGCCAUCUGCUUAGCUUUCUUCGUGUGCUGGGCCCCGUUCCACGUCCUCCAGCUGGUCCAGUUGGCCAUGCAGCAACCCAGCUUGCCUUUCUACUACGCCUACAAAGUGGCCAUCAGCCUGGGCUACGCCAAUAGUUGCCUGAACCCUUUCAUUUACAUCUUGCUCGGGAAGAAUUUCCGCAGGAAGAUUGUUGUCCCCCUCGGGCCCGCAGAUGCUGGAGACGUUGGAGAAGAUAUCUCCCAAAACCGGCUCAAAAGCGCUCAGGGAGAACCCAGCGAGACUGGGCAGCCUCUGCUGCAUUUGGUCGCUGUCUCAGCCAGGUAG